CUCCUUGCCGCAACAUGAUACUUGUGUCGUUCACGAGAUUAUGUUGUUAGCUCCAUCCAAGCUAUAUAAGCUCAUAUCUAAAAGCAGUUUCAACAUUCACUUCUCUUCUCCAUAGAGCAAUCAGCAAGCUUCGAACAUUUGCCAUAGACAUUCGGCUCGCGAUUGCACUGAGUGGGAAGGUCUACUUCUAGCAGUCAUUUAGAUCAAUCUUGCAAGACCAAGUAGGUUACUCCGACAAGUUCAGGUUCCACUUUCUCAGCAUUAGUUCACCAACCAUGGCAUCCAAGCUUAACACGAGCUUGUUCCUUCUAUUCGGAAUGGUCCUCUUCAUGGAGGUCAGUGGACAAGCUCAAAGCGCAGCACCAGUCAAUGCACCUGCAGUUCCCACCGCUGCACCAACGACCUCUCCUCCUCUUGUGGCAGCACCUUCGGUGACACCAUCAGUAGUACCUGCAACGACUCCUUCUUUGACUCCUUCUUUGACCCCAAAGCCUGCUCCAGUCGCUGCACCUAAGCUUGCUCCAGUGUCUACUCCUGUCUCGGCUCUUGCACCUGCACCAGCACCAACCAAGAACGCUGGAGCAGUUAAUGGCGCGCAUGGAUCAUGGGGAGCUCUUGUUCUCGUUUCAGGUGUUUUGGCAGCCGUUGCAUUCUAAGGCGUCUACGUUAUCAGUACAGUGAGAGGGUAAAUUGAUUUAGGCUUAGAUGUCUUUGAGAAGUUCCAGAAAGAACCACGGUGAUUGUGUAGUUCGAAUAAACUUAUAGUCGGUAUGUCAGAAGCAUAAUCCAAGAUAUACUUGGAAAUGUGCUGUCCUGGAUUCAGUUUUAGCUGCAUGCCAACAGCAGCCAACGAAAGUAUCAUCGUGAUGCCUUUAGAGAGUAGGGAUCAAAGAUGCAGACAUAAUGCUCCUUUUCUUAACCUUGAUUCAUUCAGUGAGUCAAAUCUCCUAAUUUACAAAUUUUGAAACGGCUCGAAGCUACGGCUCGAAGCUAGCUCGUAAGCUGUUCUGGUAACCAUUGUGUGUCUGCCUGCAGUCUGGGCGAUGCAACGCUGUAAUUGAACUAAUUGUUAUAAACGCACUGGUAGUGAUUACUUUGUUCUUCACACUGCGUAAAAGUACACAGCGUU